AUGGAUAUAUUUGGAAAAAUAACUUCGCUUCUGUACAUUCUAAGUGCGUUUGUAAUAAGUGGAUCGCACAAUGCAAACACUGUAUACAGGUGCUAUGAAAGAGUGAACCACCAGGUGGUGGAAGGAGGGCUUUAUGGGGGCACAGACUUGUGCAUUUUCAACAAUACAUUAGACAAUAUGGACCAAGUAUUCAUUAAUAUUUAUAAAAGCAAUCCACCCAUCACGCAAGAUGCAAAUUUGGAUAUGAACACGUACACAUACAGAGUCAAAAAUGGGGGCAACUUACGAAAACACUUGAUGAAGGGCCUGGAUGGCUAUGAGUGCGCUACACCCCCAGAAAAUCUAAGAAAAAUGCAUAUGCCGAAUUCACAGAUGGCAGCCAUAUACUGCCAAGUGCAAAGCGAAGGUGUGACAGAUAUUUUUUCGCCGAUUCUCCCAAGGCAUCCACUUAAAGACUCCAAGCUAGCCCGCACAGCAACUCCUGAGGUCUCUCUGAUCAUAAAUAACAUGUCUCCAGAGUACAUUUCAUCUACUCUUCUGAAAAUAGCAAGUUCCAAUCUGGAAAUGUCUAGGUUCUAUGCCUUGCUUGAGGACCUAAGUGACUCAUACUGCAUAAACUCUCUUGCAAACGAGAAUACAAAAAGCAAAAGAAUCAGAUGCCAUGCGAUUAUUGGGGGCCUUGUAAGAGACAUUCUAAGAAACCAAAUGAUUGAUAGGCUGGUAUGGGUGCAUACAAAGUACUACCACCUUCUGUCUGUGAUUUCAAAUAAUCCGAAUAUAAAAAAUACCAAGAAGAUUCUUGGUGCAGCAAGCACGCAGAUUUUCAUGGAGUAUGAGCUAAUAUAUAAAAUGCUGUCAGAAUUUGAUGAUCUUAAUGCGCUCUUUAUCGAAGCUGCCAAGGAGAAGGAGCAUACAUAUGACCUUAUUGAUCUAAGCCUUAAGGCCCCAGCAGCUUUAAAUAGUACAGUGCAGAUCAGCACUAUUCCACUAUCCGAAGGAGAUCAGGAUAAUUUAAACCAGCACACAGAGUCUACCACUGCAAAUAAUGGAACUAAUUCUGAGAAUUCUCCUGGAAGCAUUGUCUCUGCAGUAGAAUCCUCAAAUGAAGAAGGCAAAUCACACAGAAAACUUGUGAACUUGAAGAUCCCAUCUACUAAGGCGGUUAAUGGCAUUGGAGAGAAUGAAAGUGGGUACAUCACCAUCUCACAACUAUUUAAAAAUAACUCAACCGAUGAAAUACAGAAUGCCUACAUGGCUGUUCAGACAGAUUCUAUUAGCUACAUUCAAAAUACGCUAGAAUCAAUUUCACUUAUAAUUAGUGCUUUAAAGCAGGAGCUUGGAAUUAAAGCAACGAAAAUAAAAAUACCAGUGAGUGAGGAGAAGCAGGAAAAUUAUGUCAUCAGCAAUGAGUUCAUUGCAAUUCGAAAUACUCUAUUCCAAAAGCAAGUAGAAUACCAGAAUAUGUACAUAGCCUACAACAAUCUUGCACAAAGGCUUUGCGAGCUCAAAAACAUAUGCCCACCAGGUUCUUAA